CAGAAGUGAUGUGUCGUCACUGACAGGUGUUGGCGGCAGUGGGCGGGACAUACGGGGACUGCGGUGAUAAACAAAUACACGCAGUAAAACGUCACAGACUCUGCAGCACUUUUAACACGGAACUGGAAAGAUACAGUGAGUUUUAAAUGGGUCAGAACCUGGACCUGGCCUGAACCCGAACUCCUGACCCGGUGUAUGUCACACCGAGCCAUUAAUACACACACUAAUACUCACAGACAUACACAGAGCGGAGGAACAUGACGGAGCUAAGGAAGCGAGGAGGCGGCGGAGACGAUAGAGGAAGCGCCGAGGACAUGAGCGACAAGGAGGCAGACUCAGACCACAGGCCUCAGUCCGAUGCUGAAGCUGAUGCAGACUUGGAUGUGGACUGUAAAGCAGAGGGUGCAGAUGUUCCUGAUGUUCCUCUGUCCACAGCUGACACUGACAACACUCCAGAGUGUCUGAACAAAGCUCUAGAGGGGCUUCCACCCAGAUGGAAGAAUUACUGGAUCCGUGGAGUUUUGUCAAUGGCCAUGAUAACAUUUUUUUUCCUCAUCAUCUACAUGGGACCCAUUGUUCUCAUACUAGUGGUGAUGACGGUGCAGAUCAAGUGUUUCCAGGAGAUCAUCACCAUUGGCUACAGAGUUUAUCGUUCGUACGAGCUGCCGUGGUUCAGGACUCUGAGCUGGUAUUUCCUGGUCUGUGUGAACUACUUCUUCUAUGGCGAGACCUUGGCCGACUACUUCGGAGCUUUGGUUCAGAGGGAGGAGCCUCUGCAAUUCCUGUCUCGUUAUCAUCGUUUCAUCUCCUUUGCUCUCUACUUGGCAGGUUUCUGCAUGUUUGUGCUGAGUUUAGUGAAGAAACAUUAUCGCCUGCAGUUUUAUAUGUUUGCUUGGACUCAUGUGACUCUGUUGAUUGUUGUAACUCAGUCUCACCUUGUCAUCCAGAACCUGUUUGAGGGAAUGAUCUGGUUUAUUGUGCCGAUCUCCAUCGUCAUCUGUAAUGACAUAAUGGCAUACCUGUUUGGGUUCUUCUUUGGCCGGACACCACUCAUCAAACUCUCUCCUAAGAAGACGUGGGAAGGUUUCAUUGGCGGUUUCUUCUCCACCGUGUUAUUCAGCUUCAUGCUGGCGUACCUGCUCUCUCAGUUCCAGUACUUUGUCUGUCCUGUCGGCUUCAACAGUGAAACAAAUGGCUUUACGAUCGAGUGUGCGCCCACAGAAAUUUUCAUUCUACAGACGUACACACUCCCUGCUGUCAUCCAGAACACACUUGGAUGGGAAACAGUGAAGCUGUAUCCCUUUCAGAUUCACAGCAUCUUCCUCUCCACCUUCGCCUCCCUCAUUGGACCAUUUGGUGGCUUUUUUGCCAGCGGUUUCAAACGAGCUUUUAAAAUCAAAGAUUUUGCAAGCACAAUCCCGGGACAUGGUGGCAUUAUGGACCGUUUCGACUGUCAGUACCUGAUGGCCACAUUUGUUCAUGUUUACAUUGCUAGUUUCAUCAGAGGUCCAAAUCCCAGCAAAGUCCUGCAGCAGCUGCUGAUGCUUCAGCCCGAGCAGCAGCUCAGUAUCUUCUUCACUCUACACAGUCAGCUCAAAGAAAGAGGCCUGCUACCCCCUGCAGACUGAAUCAGGAACUGGCGGUUUGGCGGUCAGUCUGUCUGCAUGAGUGUGAAAGGCAGAGUAUGUGUGUUUGUGUGUGACAGAUGACUAAGGACCUGACCUGGAUUCAUGACAGGACAUCACAUAGGCACCAGACUACUUUUUAUUUAACAGACUGUAAGUCUGUGAGCACCAGGAGGCAGGGUUGUAAAAAUAGAGAUGCCUACUAAUAAUAUGUUGU